AUGCCCACCGUUAUGACCCUAUCCCACCCGACGACUAGCACACAGAAACUGCUGUGGGUACAACAACGGAUUGACGUCGUUGUCGUGCUGGAAGGGCCGUCGGACCAAACGACAGCCCUGGUGUUUCGUGACAUCGCUGAGACUGUGCAAGAUGGUCUGCAAAACCUUGGGCACCCAUCGAGGAUUGUGUAUUGCACGAAUUUGGUGACUGACCAUUGCUUUGCCAAAGGAGGGAAAUUCAUCAUCCUCGCGCCACACAAUCUGGCGAGCUACUUCACUGGGGAUGGAGGACUCGCGGUACUCGAAAAGAAAUUGCUGCCACCCGACGCAGUUUUGUACAACUUCGAACAAAUACCUUGUCGUUGGCCGCGAGAAUCGACGAAUCUCGUAGAACCUGGGACAAGAGACAGGAGCUUAGUUUCAGCUCGAACGCUUCACAUUUACGGAAGCUACACGUUAUGGGACUAUUCAGAGGAGAACGCGGAGCGUUUGCUGGACAUGGGCAUCCAUACCGACGUUGUUCCACUGGGCUUCUCCUCAAAGCUCCGAUCCAGCAGUCUUCUCGUCGCGGGUGGACGCGUACUUAAAGAACGGGAGUAUGAAGAUAUCGACGUGCUGUUCAUUGGGAUGGAGACUCCUACCCGGCAACGGACCAUUCGCCGACUGCGCGACGCGGGCAUCACGGUUUUCCACCCGAACUCUGAGGGAGUAGACCUGUUCGGUGCUGCAUUUGAUACGGUAUCCGCAAGGAGCAAAAUCGUGCUCAAUUUGAACGCUUUUGAAGGGGCCACGACGACUACGAUCGAGUCCAGGAGCAACGGCAGCAGCCCAGGAGAUCUUUGUGACAACGGGGAAUGGAAAAUGCCUCGACUUGCCCGUCUUUUGGCCAACGGAAGGUUCAUCGUCAGCGAGAUGAGCGGUAGUGAUUCCGAGAGGGCAAAGUUCUCUGGGGGAGUUGUGUUCGCACCACCGGAGCGCCUGGCGGAGACGUGCCAGUUUUAUCUUCACAGGCCAGGGUUGCGGAUGAGCAUCGCCGAGAGCGGCCGCCGGCUCUUCGAGCAACAUCUCGAAGCCGACAUAUUGAGGAGGCCCGUUGGCAGGCAUCUUGCAGCGCAUAGAGUGCUAGACAGAUGA